UCAUUAUUUUAUAGUUCAAAACUGUUACGAUACCUAGCUAUUAGUUAUAAUUACUGUGAAUACUGAAUACGCAUGGAAUAAAUAUGCUUAAAUAUUUAGCUGUUGUUUCUUCGUUAUUAAUAUUUGUAGAAGCCAUUCAAAGAUGGCAUACAUCACAAAUAAUGUUAACAAAAUUAUAUGACGUGCAAAACGAUCAUUUUAAUGUCUUGGAUAAUUACGCGAAUUUGGAGACAAAACGUUUGGAAGAAUUAAAAAAUUAUGUAGCUGCAGUAUAUGAAUGGCGUGAUAACAUAAAAACCAAAAAACAAUUCUUACACGAUCACAUGGAUGUUUUUAAAGUGAUGACACAAAUGCUCCAACAUUAUUUUCAGAUUGAUGAUUUAAUAAAAAAUAAAAAAUCCUUAGAAGCGUUUAAAGAUAUUGACGAGCACAAAGAUCUUAGUGGUGAACAUAUUGUAUUGUUGGCACAUCGAGCAUUGAGGAGAUUACAAUUAUUUUAUGCAAUUCCUGCAUCAGACAUGUCGGCAGGUAGAUUUAAUGAAAAAGUUAUAGGCGAUCGAAUGGAUGCAUGUGAAUGUUGCGUCAUGGCGAAGUACUGUUUAGAGGGAAACGAUCCGUAUGGCGUCCUAGAUUGGGCCGUUGAAGCCUAUGGAAAAUGGGAGAGUGAAGGUCGACCAGAAUGUGUAGAUCCCGACAUUUUAAAUUACUACAUAGUAUCAUCAUCGGUGUAUACAGGAUUUAACUUUAUGAAUUUAAUAAUUCUAAGUGGACCAAAUUACCAAGAAUAUACUGAAAAAUUUGAGCGGUAUUAUCGCCUUAUGAAAAACGAAUUAUUUGAACUAGAAAAGGAAAGUACAACGGAUAUAAUGGAAGUAUAUGAAUAUUCGAUUGGACAUGGAUACAUGAAAGACUUUAGAAAUUUGUGUAAGCAUGGGGUAUCACGAACAUUAACAAAAUACUCAAAAUGUAGAUACCAAACGAACAAUUUAUUUUACCGAAUAUUGAUGCCCUUUAAAGAAGAAGACAUUAAUAGUGAGCCUCUCAUUAAAAUAUAUCAUGAUGUAUUAUAUGAUGACGAAAUCUUGAAAAUUAAAACGUUGGCGUUAGAAAACAUGAAAGAUGCAACAGUCAAAUCAGUUGAUGGUAAAGGUGAUUCAUUAAUAGAAAAAACACGCUCAGGUCAAGUCUACUGGAUUUCCAAAGUCGAUGCUGUUGAAUAUUUAGAUGCACUGGAUACUCGUAUUGAAUCUUUUACCGGAUUUUCUACAAAGACAGCUGAGCAAUAUCAAAUAGUUAAUUAUGGUUUGGGUGGUCAUUAUUUACCGCAUCAUGAUUCGUUUGCAAAAGCAAUUUUGACUGAUGUUCAAAACGAUGGUUAUACGUCAUUUCCUCUGCUAAAUAUUAUUGCUCCUGCUGAAAAAGGAGCUGCGUUGGUUUGGAAUAAUUUGCAUAUGUCUAAUGGACAAAAAUUCUAUGAAUCUCUUCAUGGAUCAUGCCCUUUAUUGAAAGGAAAUAAAUGGAUUAUGACUAGAUGGCUGUACGAAGAAGGACAACAUUUGCCUUAUGAUUGGAAAAAUAAUGUACAAAUAAUAUAAUAUACGAUGAAAUAACAAUUUUUUGUGAAAACAGUAAUAAAAUAUCUCUUGAGCAAUCUAUUUCUAUUCUAUUUUUAUAGUCUUCCACUAUUACUGCUAUUCACAUAGUAAUUAUGUAUAGGUACAAUUACAUUCUCAACCAAUUAAAUAAGGUAAAUUAUCGUUGAUUGCGAAAAAUGUUUAUUUAAAUGAUAAUAAUUGUUUUGUUGUUAGACAAAAUCUAAGUACUUAUACUAUUUGUAAAAAAUCUGCCAAGAAUCUUGAAAACAAUUUAAUCAAGAACGCUCGUUUUUUAGUUACAAUAUUGGGUUUUUUAAAAGUAAGUAAGCCAUAGGCACAAAUUAGGUUGAUAUGGGGAAUCAAUUAGCUUUUAGCAUCCCAAAAACUGAACAGAUACAUGAUGUAUUUUUAUAUUGAUAUCAUAAUUUAGUCAUUUCUCAGAUUUCAUCAAAAUACCCUUGCCGUCCCCCUCAUAAAAAAAUGCGGAGCUUACUGGUGCCUAUAUAUUAUAUAGUAUAGUACUUUUACUACACGAUUUCAACGGAUAUUGGUUUUCCUAAGUUCCCCCAUCACAAUAUUUAUGUACAGUAUUUGUAUUUUCAAAGCCACUGUGUCAUUUAUACAAAAUACUAAAUACAUACCUAACUGAAUAAACAAUCAUAAUUAUUACUCUCGUAAGUUCAUGAUAUUUAUUGUUUCGUUAUAAAUUAUAAUAACAUACCUGCUACCUUAAAUUAUAUUAUAAUAACACACUAUAGGCCGGUUGCACAAAACUAUAUUGGUUCAAUAAAUAGUUAUUGAUCCAAUAAGUUGAGUUAUUGAAUCGAUAAAAAUUAAAAUACGUUGCACAAAGUUAUUGAACCAAUAAGUUAUCGACCAUUAGUCACUAUUGAUCCAUAAAUUUAUAGGCCUGAUUUUGGUCCAAUAAGUUUUAUUGGUUCAAUAAAAUAAAAUUAAUGAAACCUUAUCAACAUAUCUUCCGUUAUCAACAUCUUUAUAUUAUCACAGAACAAUAUUAUCAAAAUAUUAAUGAACCAUAACCCUAAAUAAUUGAACCACUCUGAACCAUUAUGGUAUGUGGCUCAAAAUAUAAUAAUAUAAGAAAUGAUUUGUGCAACGAUUUUUAAUAUUUAUCUAUCGAUAAAAUAUUUUAUCAAACCGAUAAAGCCUAUAGAGCCAAUAAGUUAUAGGAUCAAUACAUUUUUUUUUGUGCAACCGGCCCUAAAUAUUUUAGAUUCUGAGUGGAACGAUGAAUGUAUUGAUUUUAUAAUGAUGUGUGUUUUUUAUAAUUUUUUUUUUAUUUUUGUGUCUGUGUACACGAUUAGUAGUCGAAAUAAUGCUCCGAUUUUCAACUUCGGUAUCUUGUUUUAUGGGAAAGUGAAUCUAGUUGGUACUUUUGGGAGGUAAAAAUUCUUAAUUCUCAAUAGCUUUUAA